AUGUCCACCUCCACCAAAUCCAAAAGAGCCUCGGUCCUCAUGCAACUCAGAUCAUUCCUAAGUCAAUUUUCGAAGCAGCAACAGGAAAUUUCUGGCCCGGGGAAAGUCAUGGAAGAAUCGCCCCCGCAACCUCCCACAAUUGCCGUUCUGGGUGCUGGCAUUGGAGGCCUAGCACUUGCCAUCGGUCUUAUCAAACGCGGCAUCCCCGUAACUGUAUACGAAGCAGCUGAUGCUUUUUCCACCAUUGGUGCGGGAAUUGGUCUUGGUCCGAACUCACUUACAGCAAUAGACUUAAUUGACUCGCGGUUUCGCGAGAAAUACAACGACGCAAAGACCGCAAAUGAAAAGCCGGAGUUUGAGCACAGUGUCUUCGAUGCGCUCUAUGCCGAGCACGGAUUUGGGGAAAAGCGAGGCUGGACCCGAGGUCUGAUCGGUGCGCCAUACUUCACGAGGAGCAGUGCGCAUCGGAAGGACUUAUUAGAGAUUAUGCAAAGCUUCAUCCCACCUGGCACCGUCAAAUUCGGCAAACGCGCAAGGUCUGUCGAGGAGAAGGGCGGCAGAGUCGUUGUCACUUUCGUGGAUGGGGAAGUUGUAACAGUCGACUCCCUCAUUGCUUGCGACGGCGUAAAGGGGAUCACACGGAAGUUGGUGCUAGGUGAUAACAGCCCUGAGCAAGUCGCACCCACUUACUGCGGAAUGUACAUUUAUCGAGGCAUCAUUCCCAUGGAUAAAGCGAAGGAGGUUCUCGGGACUCACGCUGGUGAUGCGAAGUGGUUUAUGAUGAAAGAGAAGGGGGUCGCCAUCUAUCCCAUAUCGAAGGGCAAGGAGGAGAACUUCGUCUUCUUCGUCACUGACCGCAAGCCCUGGACUCAAGGAGACUCACCAAUUCCAUGUACCAAGGAGGAGAUGAUCGAGGAUCUAAAGGACUUUGACCCCAGGCUUAUAAAGCUCUUAGACUGGGCAAAGCCUCUGCGGUGGCCGACCUGGCAUCACCCCAAAACCUCAACAUACUACAAGGGCCGCGUAUGUCUCCUUGGUGACGUCGCGCAUGCCUCGAGUCCACACCAGGCUGCUGGCGCAGGACAAGGGCUGGAAGACGCUGUCGUCCUAUCACAUCUGUUACCCCUGGUCGAGUCCCCGGAUCAGCUUGAGGUUGCUUUCAAGGUUUACGACUCCAUCAGACGACCACGUGCGCAGAAAGUCGUCACAACCAGCUACGAAGCCGGUAUUAUUUAUACCUGGCUUGAUCCGGAGAUUGGUGAUGACAUGAACAAGAUCGUGGAGAACGCCAAUCAGAGACUGCAUUGGAUCUGGCAGCACGACCUCAAGGGAGAUAUGGCGAGUGCAGAGAACGAGUUCAAGAGGUUGACUUCGGAGAAACGAAAUGGGACACCAAUCAGCAGUAAUUCGGUCAAAGCCGGUCCAGUAAUGGAGGCUAAGGAGCUGGCUGCUCCAGCCUCGUAG